UUUUGAACGGAAAACAAACGAGUCUCGAAAAUCUUUCGGAAAGAUGGCACCUGUCACAAUGCCGACCCCAGAGCUGGAUUUCGGUAAAAGUGCCGAAAACUGCGUCACCGACGGCAUCAUCAAAUUCGGAGGAGGUCUGGCUCUGGGCUCAAUUUCCUCCCUGCUCUUUUUCAAACGUCGACGCUGGCCUGUCAUCCUUGGAGGAGGAUUUGGAAUUGGAAUUGCCUGGUCAAACUGUGCCAAAGACUUCAACAGUUUAACUGCUUCCAGUAGGCCCAAGGUUAGCGCAAAACAGUGAGUGAGAUGAGCAGCUCGGCUUCGACCCGACAGACUUUCCUCCCCCGGGUAGUGAAGCCUAGAAUAAAGUCUGCUUCAAGUUGUUAAUAGUUUGAUUAAUCUGAGGAUCACCUCUUCUUAUCAGUUUAAAACUGUUUUGGUAAAAUGCGUGAAAAAUCAAAUGCCCAUCCAUCUAUGCUAUUAAUUUUAUUUUUGACGCGGUCACGUCUCCUCCCCAGCUGUAAAAAUUCAUAUUAUUGUUCCUGUUAUUAAUAUGUAUUAAAAGGCACUUUAAAAUGAGGCAAAUAUUUA